AUGGAUAAGGCACCACCAGUAAAAACACCUAUGGAUCCAGGGUACCUGUCUGCGAACCAUGAUAGCAAGCCAUUUUCGGAUCAGACCUCGUAUCGAAGUGUUGUUGGAGCUCUUUUAUACUUGGCUGUCAAUGCGAGGCCGGAUAUAUCUGUUAGCGUGGGAUUGCUUGGACGAAAGGUAGCUGAGCCAAAUCAAAGCGACUGGUCUGCAGCUAAGCGGAUCGUGCAAUAUUUGAAUGCAACGAAGGAUCGGAAGCUGACAUACGGACCUGGACAGGAAUGGAAGUUGAUCGGAUUUUCGGACUCCGAUUGGGCCGGAGAUCAGCGAACAAGGCGGUCUACUACUGGUGUGAUAUUUUUCUACGGUGGUGGGCCGAUAUGCUGGGUGAGCAAAGGACAGGAUGCGGUCGCACUCUCGUCGUUGGAAGCAGAGUAUUACGCACUCACCGUGGCGUGUCAAGAAGCAAUCUGGAUCAAGCGAUUGAUGAAUGACCUCGACGAACCUCAGGCCGAUGCGAUUACCAUCUUCGAGGACAACCAGGGGUGCAUAUGCUUUGCGAAGGCCGAACGAUCGAGCGGAAGGGUAAAGCACAUAGACACGACGAAGCAUUUCAUUCGUGACUUAUGCGAACGGAAGAUUAUAGUUUUGGAGUAUUGUCCUUCAAUUGAGAUGAUUGCUGAUGCUUUAACAAAGCCGUUGGGACGACUGAUGUUCAACAAAUUCAUUGAACGGAUCGGACUAUCGACUUAG